GCCGCAUUCAAGUCCCGUGGUGCCAGGUGUUGUUUUGGGGGAGUCGCGUCCGUCCGUCGUCGCACGCGGAAGCCUCUCAGUCGCCGCCGUCCGAUAAAGUUUCAGUCCAGAGAACGUUGUUCAGUAGCGAGUCGCCCACGCAUGUGGUUGUUGUGACAGUUCUGUUUUUGAUUUGAUUUUGUGCGUUUUAUUAUUAUUUUUUAGUGGAUUCAUGACGAUAGAUAUGCCUAUAAUCAUUGAGUAAAUUGAGUAAAAUUUGGAAACGUCAAGAUGACGAGGAUCUCUAGUCCAAUUACCAUCUUUCUGGUCCUCGCCACUUGUGUUGCUGGCCUCUCAGCUUGCUCCAGGAACGAAUUCUCGUGUGGAGAUGGCAAUUGUAUUGAUAAUUCCUGGGUAUGUAACGGAGUGUCGGAUUGUGCAAACAACCUAGAUGAAGUAAAUUGCGCAGCACUGCCAUCGUGUAGGCCCGAUCAGUUCAAAUGUGGGGACGGAAAAUGUAUAGAUUACAGUAAAAAAUGUAAUCGUCAUUACGAUUGUCAUGACCAAAGCGACGAAAGAGACUGUAAAUGUUUAGCCACUGAUUUCCAUUGCAAUAAUGGUCAUUGUAUACCUCAUGAACAAAGAUGUGAUGGAAUACACAAUUGUCAGGACCAAUCCGAUGAAAUUGGCUGUAGAACACAACGGAGGUGUUACGGUCACGAAUGGAAAUGUCUGGAUGGCGGCUGUAUAGACCAAAUCCUCCGUUGCAAUGGCCGUUUAGAUUGUCUUGACGCGUCCGACGAAGUUAACUGUACUUGUUCGGCCGACGAGUUUCGAUGCAACGACGGCUCUUGCAUACCUUUAGCACAAAAAUGCAAUAACUACGGCGACUGUCCGCACAGCGAGGACGAAGAAGGUUGUCCCGAGUCCUGUUCGGACAAGCAGAUUCGCUGCAACACCGGACAUUGCGUUGACGGUGAACGUUGCGACGGAAUAAUCGAUUGUCCCGAUGAUUCGGACGAACGCAAUUGUACGCAAUGUGCCCAAUUCGAUUUUAAAUGCGACGACAAAACGUGCAUCAACGAACACUUGCGUUGCGACGGGCAAAGAGAUUGUCCCGAUGGAUCUGACGAGAGGGACUGCGCGGGUUGUCCUGGUGACCAGUUCAGCUGCGACGGAUCAUGUUUGGACAGGCAAAGAGUGUGUGAUGGUUACGUAGAUUGCUCUGACAAAAGUGAUGAAACCAACUGCGACAGGGUAACCUGCCUAAGCAGUGAAUUCUUAUGUCAUAAUAAUUUUACCUGCAUAAGUCAAUCAAGCCUUUGUGAUGGAAACCCAGAUUGCCCAGACGGCUCAGAUGAAAGUCCUUCCCAAUGUAGUGGAUGUGCCUCAGAUGAAUUCGAAUGUGAACCAAACGUUUGUAUUCCUUCUGACAGGGUAUGUAACAAUUUUCCCGAUUGUCAGAAUGAACUAGACGAAAAACUAUGUGGAUGUGAGUCAGAUGAGUUCCGUUGUGGAAACAAAUGCGUUUCAAACAGCAAGAAGUGCGACGGACGAAAUGAUUGCGAUGACGGUUUCGAUGAAAGUGAUUGUCCAGUUCAAUGUAAGGAAAAUGAGUUUAGGUGUGAUGAUGAUAAAAAAUGCAUCAAUUUAAGUCAAAUUUGCGAUGGUAUAAAUGACUGUCUCGACGAAACAGAUGAGCGUCAUCCAACAUGUAUUGCAGCUUGUCAGUCAUAUGAAAACAGAUGUAAUGACAGAGUAACAUGUGUUGAUCAAAGGAGGUGGUGUGAUGGAAACAGGGAUUGUCCUGAUGGUUCAGAUGAAGUGCACUGUAUUGCAGCUUGCCAGCCUCAUGAAAUCAGGUGUAAUGACAAUUUAACUUGUGUUGAUCAAAGAAGGCUUUGCGAUGGAACUUGGGACUGUUUUGAUGGUUCUGAUGAACGCCAUUGUAUUGCAGCUUGCCAGCAUUAUGAAAUCAGGUGUAAUGACAAUCUAACAUGUGUUGAUCAAAGAAGGCUUUGUGAUGGAACUUGGGACUGCCCUGAUGGUUUUGAUGAAAGCCAGUGUACUUGCCAGCCUCAUGAAAUCAGGUGUAAUGACAAUCUAACAUGUGUUGAUCAAAGAAGGCUUUGUGAUGGAACUUGGGACUGCCCUGAUGGUUCUGAUGAACGCCAAUGUAUUGCAGCUUGCCAACCUGAUCAAUUCAGGUGCAAUGACAAUGUAACAUGCAUUGAUCAAAGAAGGGUUUGUGACAUAAGACGCGAUUGUCCAGACGGUUCAGAUGAAUUAUAUUGUAGUUGCCAAAGUAACGAAUUUAAAUGCAAUGAUAACACGUGUAUCGAUGAAAGAAGAACUUGUGACGGAAAUCGAGAUUGUCCAGAUGGUUCAGACGAAAAUCUUCCUCAUUGUCGUCCCUCCUGCAAAUACGACGAGUUCACCUGCCGCAACGGCGUCCAGUGCAUCCCCCAAAGGGACGUCUGCAACGGUCGCGUCGACUGCACUGACCACUCCGACGAAGAAAACUGCGGUCAAACAUUCCGUUGUGGUCCUGGCGAAUUUCGAUGUGAAAACGGGCCAUGUAUAAGGGAGGAAAUGAGGUGUGAUGGCAAAGUGGACUGUCCACUUGACUCUAGCGAUGAACUCGAUUGCAAUCGGGUUGAUACCUCCCUUAAUCUGAAGACAUAUCCAUCCACACAGGAAAUCAAAGAAAAUAUUUAUAAGCUUGAUCGCGAGGUCGUCUUCCAAUGUCGUGACGAAGGAAUGGAAAGAGCCAGAGUCAAAUGGAUGAGGGACAACAAUAGACCUCUUCCACCUGGUUCCAGAGACAACAACGGCAGACUGGAGAUCCCCAACAUCCGCGUGGAACACGCCGGCAUCUACAUCUGUCAAGCUGUCGGGUACCCUCCAAACACUCCAGGAGCCCAAAUCUCUGUAACACUGCACGUUGACAAGUGGUCUCCACCACCACCACCACCAGUUCCUGCUUGUCAACCACAUGAAGCAACCUGUGCAAACGGCCAAUGCAUCGAUAAAUCCUUGGUGUGCAAUGACAAGUUCGAUUGCGCAGACGGCUCAGACGAAAACAGAUGCAAUGACUACUGCGAACCAAAUGAAUUCAGCUGCGGUAACAAGAAGUGUGUACUGAAGACCUGGAGGUGUGAUGGAGAUGACGACUGUGGCGACGGCUCCGAUGAGCAAAACUGCGGUACCACCCCACCAGGUUCUGUCUGCCAAUACCAUCAAUUCACCUGCAUGUCCAACAACCAGUGUGUCCCCAAGGGGUACCACUGUGAUAAUGAGAGAGACUGCAUCGACGGCAGCGACGAAAUUGGUUGCGCAAAACCGGUAAUUUCACAACCACCCCCGCCCAUGGUGACCCUAGUAGCAGGAGAGACCUUCCAAGUGAAGUGCACAGCUGUGGGAGUACCCGUGCCGGAAAUAGUGUGGCGCUUGAACUGGGGCCACAUCCCAUCAAAGUGCACCUACACAAACGACAACGGCUUCAGCAUUCUGACGUGCCCCGACGUACAAGUCACUGAUCAAGGUGCAUACUCCUGCGAAGCCAUCAACAGCAAAGGAUCCACAUUCGCCAUUCCCGACACCAUUCUAAUCGUCACAGUCACGUCCGUGUGCAGACCUGGUUAUUUCAACGUGGCCGCCACUCAGGAGUCCGAAUGCAUCAAGUGCUUCUGCUUUGGACAGACCACCGCUUGUACCUCCGCCGAUUUGUACAUCUAUCAGCUGCAACCUCCUUUCACCAUUUUGAACACUUUAGGUGUACGAGUUGAUCCUAGGACAAGUACUGUGGAGAUUCGAGACGAGCCCAUUUAUAGAGGUGCCAGGCCAGACGUCAACGUCAUUGACCGCAAUGGCGUUCAAGUAGUUCUACCCUCUAAUGUACAGCUAAAUCAGGACAACGUGUAUCCUUACUUUGCCAUGCCGGAGAACUACCACGGUGAUCAACUGAAAAGUUAUGGUGGUUAUCUGAGGUACAAGGUUGAACACAGAAAUGGGGGUUAUCCAACUGUUGGGCCUGAUGUUAUUUUGUCUGGCAAUGGCUACACUCUUUUGUACGAGUCGGAGAGGACGCCACAGCCCAACACGCAAACUGAAAUGUCAGUUAGGUUCUUCGAAGGAGACUGGGUUAUAAGGCACGACAAUGGACUUAGACAGACGGCCACCAGGGAAGAAAUUAUGAUGGCUUUGGCCGACGUUGACAACAUCUUAAUAAAAUUAUUGUACAACGAAGGUCCCUUGGACACCACCAUCAGGAACAUUGAAAUGGACACCGCUGACAGUAGAGACCGUGGCCUGGGUGCUGCCAGCUAUGUUGAACAAUGUAGUUGCCCCGCUGGAUAUACCGGGACCUCCUGUGAGAAAUGUGCCAGUGGAUACGUACGAUCAAAGAACGGCCCCUGGCUAGGACAGUGCGUCCCAAGGAGACACGAAGAGUGCAGACCUGGCGAAUUCGGUGAUCCAUCCAGAGGCAUCCCAUGCGAACCUUGUCCUUGCCCUUACACCAACCCCAGCCAACAAUUUGCUCGUACUUGUUCGUUGCACCCUGACGGCAACGUGGUUUGUGACUGUCAACCAGGGUACAUGGGAAGGAGAUGUGAACAAUGCGCCGUUGGAUACACCGGCAACCCCCUACACGGCAGUCCCUGCGAACCUGAACCAACAAGAAACUGCAGUGUUGGAGCUUCCCAUGAAGACAACGGAAACUGUAUUUGCAAGCAAUUCACAACUGGACCAACUUGUUCACAAUGUAAGGAAAACGCAUUCCAUCUGAGUGCCGAAAACCAACACGGCUGCAUCCGUUGCUUCUGCAGUGGAAUCACCAACCAAUGCUCAAGCUCAUCCUGGUACAGAGACAGAAUAUUCACCACCUUCCACUCCAACAUUCAGAGCUUCCAAUUGAUCGAUAUAAGUCGCAGAGAAUCCCCCAUCAACCCCCACUUAUCACUGGGUUCAAACCAAAUCACCUACAAUGCAUUCCACCCCGGAAGUAUCUACUAUUGGUCGCUCCCCUCUCGUUAUUUGGGAGACAAAGUCACUGCUUACGGUGGAAAACUGCGUUACACGUUAACACACACUCCGAUACCCGGUGGUAGUUCGAAGAAUUCCGCCUCCGACGUCGAAAUCUACGCUAACAAUAUGAAUCUGAGGUACUACUCUCGGGAACAACCGAAUCCAACCAACCAACCGCAGUCAUUUGAAGUACCUUUAUUGGAGCAGUACUGGCAACGUACUGAUGGCCAGCCAGCUGAUCGUGAGCAUUUGCUUAUGGCCCUGUCUGAUAUAUCGGCCAUUUAUAUCAAGGCUACUUACUUCACAAACACAAGAGAAGCUUCAUUGAUUGAGGUAUCACUGGAUAUAGCACGUGAAAAGAACACUGGAUUAGAAAGGGCUUAUGCUGUGGAGGAGUGUCACUGCCCACGUGGAUACAAGGGUUUGUCUUGCGAGGACUGUGAUUUUGGAUACACCAGGGUCGAGGAAGGUCUUUACUUCGGUCUUUGUGAACCAUGCAAGUGUAACGGUCACUCCAACGAGUGCGACCCGGAGACUGGCGAGUGCAAGAACUGCCGUGACAACACCUGGGGAGAGUUCUGCGAACUGUGCCUGGAUGGAUAUGAAAGAGAUUCGUCGGGCAAUUGUGUAUCAUCACGUGGACAAGAACUUUGCAGCUGCAGCCACGAAGGCUCGUUAUCGAAUGAAUGUGUCCGUGGUAGAUGCAGAUGCAAGAGCAAUGUGGUAGGAAACAAUUGUGAUAGAUGUCGUGAAGGUACUUUCGGUUUGAACGCCAAUAACGCUGACGGAUGCGAAGCAUGUUGGUGCUCUGGUAUUGAAACGUUCUGUUCAUCGAGCAGCUACUACGUUGAACAAAUCCCCAGUCAAAUCAUCGACAGCUCCACCCAUGGAUUCAGACUAACUGAUCAGACUAUGACACAACACAUUGACAGUAACUUCCUGCUGAACUCCUCCAUUAACCAAAUUGGCUACCGUUUCAACCCAAGCGACCGCACCACAUGGUACUGGGCCUUGCCAGCCAUAUUCACCGGCAACCAAAUCCGGUCUUAUGGAGGCAAACUCGAAUUCACCCAAGAGUACAGAGAACGUCCAGGCUCUGGCUACUACGAGGAUCGUGAUAUCAUAAUCAACGGACGUGGCCUCACCUUAUACUGGAGCAACCCGAGGAUCCAUCAAGGCCGUGUAUCGGUCACGCUUGCCCCCGAAUCCAAUUGGCAACGCAUUGAUCACUAUCGUCCAACUCCAGCUUCUAGGGAGGAUAUUUUGACCGUGCUAUCUGAUGUCAACUCGAUUUUGAUCAGAGCAUCUUUGGCCUCAGAGACUGACACGUCUUUCAUCAGCGACAUUACUUUGGACACGGCUGUAGAACAGGUCACUGAUCAAGGCAUUGCUACAAGAGUGGAAACUUGUCGCUGUCCAGAAGGAUAUUCGGGCACAUCUUGUGAGUCUUGCGCCUCAGGCUUCUAUAGAGACACAAACGACUACAGUGUGCGCACGUUCGGCUCCUGCAAAAGAUGUCCUUGCAACAACAAUGAGCAAAGCUGCAAUUUAGGUACUGAUGGAAGGGUCGAGUGUCAUUGCAAACCUGGAUACACUGGAUACAAUUGCCAGUCCACAGAUGGUCCAGAAACUCCUCCACCAUACACAGUUAGACCUGAUCCCUUACCUCCAACUAUUGAAGUUACCAUCACCACCCCCGAAAUUGAUAUAUAUGAAGUUGGAAGCACCGUAAGGUACAACUGUAGUGCAAGGUCCCUACAGUCACCAAGGACUGUUAAAAUACAAUGGUCCAAGGACUAUGGAUCAUUGCCAGACCGUGCCAUUGAUGAUGGACAUGGCAUGCUGAUCAUUGACAACUUGAGGGAGUCCGACUCUGGAACUUACACCUGCGAGGCUCAAGAUGGAUACAGUGUCAUGUUGAAACAUGUGAACUUGAAUGUCGGAGUGUCCAAUGGAAGACCCCCAGUCACAGACGUCCACAACAAGUUCGUGAAAGUCACCAAAGGACAAAUGAUCAGAGUUACCUGCGUGUCCCAGGGCUACCCCAUUCCGGACAUCCGCAUCGAGCGAGUCGACAACGGACGCUUGGGCCGAUACACCUUCGAAAACGGCGAGUUCCGCAUCCAAGAGGCGGAACUCAGCGACGAAGGCACCUACAGGUGCAUAGGAUCCAACCGACUUGGCGAGACUGAGUCCCAAUUUAAAAUACAAGUCCAGGAUGUACCCGGUAGGUUCGCCCAGGUUACGAUCGAGCCUUCGUCGUUCAACGGACAGAGGGGCGACACGGUGGUACUGAGGUGCCGAUCGGACGAUGGUAGCCAGCAGGUUAGGUGGUUCAAAGAAAACGGACGGUUGCCGUACAAUUCAAGGGAAGAUGGAGAUCAACUGAUUAUCAUGAACGCUAGUCCUGAGGACUCCGGUAUUUACACCUGCAAAAUUACUACGUACUCCGGCAUUUCUGGCUCACAAUCCGUUAACGUGUACAUCUCCCAAGGCCCAAUGCAAGGACAAUUCCCAACGGCAAGUGUACAACCUGAACGUGUAACCGUUUAUCAAGGAGAAACGAUCUCGUUGGACUGCAGAACCACCGGCGUACCAGCACCUAUAGUUAAGUGGAGCAAACUUAAUGAUCAGUUUGGACCUGGUACUGAACAAAUUGGUUCCACUUUAUACAUCAGAAAUUCCAGAGUUCAAGACAUGGGUACUUACAUGUGUACUGCCACUAAUGACAUGGGUCUUUCCCAGGCCUACAGUCUUGUAGAAAUCAACCGACUCGAAGUACCGGUGAUAUCAAUUUACCCCACGUCCACCGUCAUUAUAAACGAAGGCAACAGUUACACCAUCCAGUGUAGCAUCACAGCUGGAAUACCAACACCUGAAGUCACCUGGAGCAGAAACGAUGGACAACCUCUAAGUUCCAACCUUGAGCAAAUGCAAGGUGGAACCCUAAGGUUUACUCAAACAACCGUACGUGACGCUGGUGAUUAUGUGUGUAACGCCAGAAACGAAGCAGGUCAAGCUUCAGCCACAGCCCACGUCACAGUUUACACCGUGCCAGAGGUACAAGUUUAUCCCAGCGAAGAAAUUGUGAAGAGAUACGUCAAUGACCAACUGGUGUUGCAAUGUACUGGAUACGGUACUCCAAAACCAAGCGUUUCCUGGCACAAACAGUCGGAUUAUCCGUAUUCAUUAAGUUCUGCGGAGUCUGCAGGAUCUAACACUGCAGUACAAGAAUUCAACAGAUUAAGGACGGAAGAUGCAGGUACUUAUGUAUGUACGGCUCGCAGUGCUGGAGGACAAACUCAAAAGAUAGUACGCUUGGUAGUAGAUGAAAAGCCAGCAAGAGGUGAUAUCACAGGUGAAGAUGCAACAAUUGGAAGUCCUGACAUACCAUGGAAGCAAUUACCAACAUACUCUGAGAAGUUCACCGCCCCUGUUGGUACUAAAGCAGAGCUAAUAUGUCGCGUUAACAACAAAGAUGACAACGUCAAAGUUACUUGGGUUCGAAGCGACAAUUCAUCCUUACCAAGCCAAGCGUUCAUUAAGAAUGACGUCCUCUACAUUGAUAGAGUCGAACUGGCCAACGCCGGAGAAUACAAAUGCAUCGGAACCAAUCCUUGGACCGGCCAGAUCCUCUUCAGUAUAAACACUUUCUUGGAAGUAACUGCACCUGCUCUUAGUAUUAACUUGUCGCCUCCAAGCCAAGUGGUACGUCCUGGUCAAGACGCCUCAAUCCAAUGCACAGCAGUCGGUGAACAACCUAUCCAAGUCUUCUGGACUCCAGUUAACAGAAGCAUGCCAGCUUCAGUCACCACAAGAGACGGUUAUAUACAGUUCAGUAGGAUACAGUUCAACGACGCCGGUACCUACAUGUGUACCGCCAGGAACCGACUGGGAGAGGCCCAUUCUGUUGCUGACGUCAAAGUUGUCGACAACACCCAAAAACUGAUAACCGCACAGAAGAGGCAAGUGGAAACAAUGAUCGGUACGACCACCACCAUAAGAUGUUUAACGCAAGAAGUGAACGCCCCUAUCAACUGGUACAGAGAACACAUGGACUUGCCCGCCAAUUCCAGACAAAGCGGGGGCAACUUGGUCAUCUACAACGUCCAACCUGAGGAUGGCGGAAGGUACUUCUGCGAAGUCUUCACGCAGGGUACCUCCACCAGUGACUACACUGACCUCGUUGUUAACAAACAAGGAAUAACAUGUAAGGAAAACCAAUAUGUUUGCGGUACCCGAGAAUGCGUGCCACGUAGUGCAGUCUGCGACAGCCGGAGAGACUGUAGAGACAACUCGGACGAAGAGUUCUGUUAUAUCAGGACACGACGUGGACCAGCAGUUGUAAACGCUCCAGUACCAGAAUUAUUCGUCACCCCAACAGAAGAGACCUACAGAACGGGAGACACCGUCGAAUUCAAUUGUCAAAGCAGCGAACCCGGUGUCAUAACCACCUGGUCUAAGGCAGAUGGUCGUUUCGCCAGCAACGUCCAAAGUCACGGUGGUUCCUUGAGGAUCUACAACGUGCACCGCGACAACAGCGGCCUCUACAGAUGCGAAGCAACUGGCCACCAAGGACCAUACCAUAAAGAUCAAUACUUGAACGUCAUAGAUGAGCACAGAGAUGAACCAGUUAUCGAAACCAAAACAGCCCCAAGAGGUAGCUCAAUCAUCUUAGAAUGCAAACCUAACUUCCAAGGACCAAUCUCGUACUUGUGGACGAAGCAGAACGGCAACCUUCCCAGCGACGUCGACAUCUACAACAGGUCCAUCACUAUUUACGACGUGAGCAGUGCUGACGCCGGCACCUACUUGUGUUCAGCUUCAAGCGGCAACAGAAAUACUCAGAAACCCAUCAAGUUGAGCGUCACCGGCAUUGUCCCUUACUUCACCCAAGCACCCAACAGCUACAUCGCCCUCCCCACAUUAAACGACGCUUUCGUGCAGUUCACCAUCGAGAUAUCAUUCAAACCCGAGAACGGCCAAGGUAUCAUCCUGUACAACGGCCAACGCUACGGCGACUUCAUCUCACUCACCUUGGUCAAUGGUGUCCCUGAAUUCAAAUACAACUUGGGCUACAGCACGACCACCGUACGGGCAGAACGCCCAGUAGAAAACCAGCAAUGGCACAACGUCAAGAUCAUCAGAAACAAAAGGAAGGUGUCCAUGUACGUCGACGGUCUUGGCCCGUACAUUGGAAACGCUGAAGGCAAGGUACUGGGAUUGGAUUUGGUGGAGAAUCUGUUCCUGGGCGGAGUCCCAAGUCCCAACUCCAUCAACCCUGAGGUCGGCAUGUCCGCCGGCUUCGUGGGUUGCAUCAGCCUCUUCAAGAUCGGCCAGACCCACGUAGACAUCUUAAAGGAAGCCAUCGACAAAGUGGGAGUCACCUCGUGUGAGACCUGCGCAGAGAACAAGUGCCAGAACCAGGGAAUGUGCCAGGAAGACUUGACCAAAGAAGGCUACAUCUGUAUCUGCCCUAAGGAGUUUAGCGGACCCGUUUGUAAUAAGCCCAAAGGGGAAGCCUGCUCACCAUAUGCUUGCGGAAGCGGAAGAUGCAUAGACAACGAAAGGAGUUUCGAGUGCAUGUGCCCUCUAGGAUACGCCGGACAAAGAUGCGAGCGCGAGAUCAAAAUUAUGGAGCCAGCUUUCCGCAAAGGCUCAUACAUCGCCUACCCACCAACGAAGCUUAACCGAAGGCUGAAAUUCACUCUAAAAAUCAAACCUAAGACUCUUGACGAUGGCCUGUUGCUUUACACCGCUGAAACCGAGGAAGGACACGGAGAAUUCUUGAGUUUGGCUAUCAAGGACAGACACUUGGAGAUGAGAUACGACGCAGGAAACGGUCCCACCGUGAUCAGGCAGAAGGAAGAGUUGGUACCUAACCAGUGGGCUGUUUUGACAGCCAGUAGGACACCUUAUGAAGGAAGAUUGGUUGUGAACGGAGCGACACCUGUCAUUGAAAAGACGCAAAAUAGGAAGGUUUUAAAUUUGUUGACGCCUGUUUAUGUAGGUGGCUAUGACAAGAGUCGCAUGAGGCUUAAUGAAGGCACUGGAGUUGAAACCGGAUUCGAAGGAUGUAUCUCACAGAUCAGCCUCUCUGGAAUGAACUUAAAUUUGAUUCAAAGCGCCAACGACUCAUCAAAUGUGGAACAGUGCACAGAAGGAGACGACUUCGAUAAUAACUUGUAUCCAUCAAACACCAACUUUGAUCAGACUGGUUGUUCCAGUAAUCCUUGCUUACAUGGUGACUGUUACCCACUUUCACCCAUCGAUUACCGUUGUUCUUGCAGACAAGGAUACAGUGGUAAAAACUGUGACGUUCCUGAAAAUACCUGCGCCAACUCACCCUGUAAAAAUGGUGGAUCAUGCAGGGAAACGUCUACAUCAUUUGUGUGUGACUGCCCAUUGGGCUACACCGGAAACCACUGCGAACAAACAAUUAUCCUGAAAAACGACGUCAGUUUCGAUGGAACAGGCUAUUUGGAAUUUAACAAAGAUUUGCUGCAAAAUGAGGAUGGCAUUGACGAACAAGUCAUUGCUCUAGAACUAACAACGAACCGCAGCACUGGCUUAAUCUUCUGGUUCGGACAAAGACCCAAUGAGGACGGACAAGGACAAGAUUACGUGUCUUUAGCAAUCAUCAACGGUUACUUGGAGUACAGCUACGACUUAGGGCAAGGUCCGGCGAUAAUCCGCAACGAAAGGGUGCGCGUGGACGACGGCAACAGACACACCGUCAUCCUGAAGAGGCUGGGCAAACACGGCAUCAUGGACGUGGACCACGGCUCAUCAGAUGAAGGUGACUCGGAAGGUCUGACCAGCACGUUAAACGCCGAAGGCAACAUUUAUCUUGGAGGCACGCCCAACAUCGCCUUAAUGACGGCCAACAGGCUCAGCACAGGUUUCAGCGGCUGCAUCCACGGAUUCGAGCUGCAGGACACCAAGACCAUCGACCUGGGGGAGAGGGCGAUCAACGGUGUGAACGCCAAAUCUUGUAUGAGUAAUGGAGGGAAUAUCCAGGAAAAUGAUCUUAUACACUAAAAUUAGAAUCAUCUCUUGUAGUUAAGUUAUCUCUAAGCGACCAGCUAUGAUUUUCUGCGUGAUAUUAAAUAAAACUAAGCGAGGUAUCAGCACAACUAGUUAGAUAGUUAGUUAUAAAAUGUACGUAAAUAAACGCCGUUUUAUUUCGUAUCCCGCAAGUUAGCUUCAGUGUUCAUAAUAGUUGUGUUCAAUAAGUUAACAAAAGACGUAAAGUCAAGAUUUAUUUUUAUAUUAAGUUUCUAGGCCACUUUGGCCUAUGCUUAUAAUAUAGCUUUAAUUUGCUUAAAAAAAACUAUGUUUCAAACUGCCACUUUUAUACUUGAUUUUUAUUAUGUCAUUUUUUUUAAAUAUUAUUAACUAUGUAAGAAACAUUUCGUGCCAUUAUAGUUCUAGGCAAAUUGAUUAAGUAUGUAAAUCUGUGCUUAUGCAAGCAAUUUAAGGUCCAAAUGUGAGUUAACUUCUGGAAAUUUUAUUCACUCGGUGCUACAAUUUUAUGUAAAUUAAUUUUCUCUUUAGUUAUUGCCUUCAACAUCUAUUAUAUUAAUUAAUGUGAUGGGAUAAAUUGAAACAAAAACGUAUCAACAAUGGUGAUGAUAAUAAUAAAAUAUGUAUAAAUUUUCAAAAAACAUUUUUUAACAGUAGGUAUUAUUUACCUGUUUUAAUACAAUUUGCCAGAAUAUCCUUUGAUGAAAUGUAUGUGCAUCUCUCAUUAUGAUACUUAGGUGAUAAGAGGCAUUUAUACUUUUUUUGAUGUAUGUAAAAUCAUAAUGUAUAUACCUACCACCAUCUAAAUCAUAAAUGCCUCUGAUAUGCAUUAUUUGUAAUUAACAUGUUAAACAAUGCAUUUUCAAUAACUAAAGACAAUAAAUAUUAAAUACCAUAAAUAUA